GGUGACUGUCAAUUCGCCAAUUUCCCUCCCCCUGCAGCUCGUUGAUUGCUGGAUUGACUGAACUCCUUCAAUCUUGCUUCCGUUCGCUCGUUUCAUUACCUCCCAUCUCUUUCGCAACCCUCCCCGCCCCUUCCCCUCCCUAAUUUGAGAUGGCCGACACGGAGGAUGCGGGCACCUCGUCGGUGUCCGAACCCCUCGACCUGGUGCGACUGUCGCUCGAUGAGAUUGUCUUUGUGAAGUUGCGCGGUGACCGUGAGCUCAAGGGUCGCCUUCAUGCCUACGAUAGUCACUGCAACCUAGUCCUGGGCGAUGUGGAGGAGACCAUCUACGUGGUGGAGGAGGAUGAGAACGAACAAGAGACGAUCCGAACGAUCAAGAAGCAGGAAGAGAUGCUUUUCGUUCGAGGCGACUCUGUCGUUCUGAUUUCCCCUCAAGCAUGAUGACACGAACAAACAAGGACAAUUGGAUUUGAUCGGAGGAUCGGAAGGCCACAGCAGCGUAACCAUCGCUGCUCUAUCUGUCGGCCACGGAUCAGUAUGAGACCACGACUACCAGGCGAUGUCUACAGGGUUCCCAAAUUUAAGACUCUAAUUGGAACAAAUGAUCUAUUCACGUAUUCGGACGAGAGAUGGAUGUGCGAAAGGUCGUGUUUCAGAUGAAGACGGGGGCCAGGGUGGGUUAGAAUGGCAUCAGGCCAUGCAGCCACGAUGAGGAGACGGACGACAAUGGCUAGUCUGUCGUGCAUGCAACUAGAGUCAUAGCGUUCGAUCAUUGUGUUGAGCUGAAUGAAUUCAAUGCACACCCUUGCAGUCAGCGUAAGACGUUUCCAGAUGGUUCCUUGCUUGAUGACUCGACUGAGCUUGACUGGAAUGAAUGAAUUGAGGGUGUGGAGGAG